AUGCAACUUCCAUUCAUCUCCAUGUUUCCUGCAAGCAGGUCAUUACCUGCUUACCAGACAAUUUUUUUUUCAGCCCAUCUUUCCUUUCUGGUUUUAGCUUACCACUUUGUUCUCUGCUCCACAUCUUCCUCCCUACUGCCCCCAAUGCCCCUUUCUAGGACAGAGUGGGGUCCACCGGCCAGGGGCUCAGGGGACUUUGGGCUCUGGCAAGGCUGUGGCAUGCCUGGUGGAGAUCCUACUCUCAGUUUGGGCCUCCUGGCAUCCACAAGGCAGGCACCAUGGCUGGAGAGCUGGGAUGUGUAG